AAAAAGGAACAGGAUAUUUCUAAUGCCAUGAUUCUUGUAAAAGUAGCAAAGAGAAGAUUGCAAGAAUUACGAGAUAAUGAAUGGGAUCCUCUUUUAAAAAAGAAUCUACAAGAACUUAAUGACUAUUUUAAUGAGGUGACAAGUGAUUUGCUUAAUGGUAUAGCUUGCUUGAAUCCAAUUGAUACAUUUUCUAGUUUUGACAUCAAAAAGAUAUUGGUGAUGACGAAAUUAUAUCCUGAUGACUUUGGUGAGUUCAGCAUAAGGGUUCUUGAGAAUCAACUUGUUAAUUAUAUUAUUGAUGUUCGUGAUAUUGAUAAAAGAUUCUCCAAUUUAGGCGGACUUGGGGAACUUUCAAGAAAGUUGAUUGAGACAAAGAAGCAUUUAAGCUAUCCUCUUGUAUUUCUUUUAGUGAAAUUUGUUUUGCUUCUACCCGUUGUCACUGCAUCAGUUGAAAGAGCUUUUUGGGCAAUGAAGUAUAUCAAGAAUGAUUUACGGAAUCAAAUGGAUGAUGAAUUUUUAGAUGGUUGCAUAGUGCCUUAUGUAGAAAAAAA